UGACCAAUGCCUUUGCUCGUCGCACCCCCCUCUUCGUUCCGUCGGCUCGAUCCCUGCUACUGUACGAGGCACAGUAGCGCUUCACAGUGUUUGAGAAACUCACUCUCUGGUCUCUAGAGAAUUCCGCCCGCACUACUCCUGGUCCUGGUGCCUGACCUGCCAAUGAACUACCUCCCUCAGGCGCUCCCGGGAUUCCGUCCGCCUUGUUCCAUCGAUCCGUAUGUCGUAAUGUUCGUCGUCCCCUUCCACAAAACGGACAGUGUAUUCCUUCUUUCCCUUUAUCCUCCUCCAUAGGCAUCUAUGAUCUAACGUCUUGUCCAGCUGCCAAAUGGUCAGCCGGUAACUUUCGUGGCGCUUGGCACCAUUCAGCUCAUAAGACGCAUCGCAACUGAUAGGCUCGACGUUUACCGCACCAGGUCGACGGUGUUCUAAAGACCUUACUUCGAAAUUAAUCUUGCCAUUGGCUUCCGCCGGAAGUAGGCACUGUGGGCAUCACUCACCACCACCUAGGCAGGCAGACCAGCUCGUUCAUAGCUCAGUACUUAAUCAAUGAUUCGGCCCUCUCGUCCUCUGCGUCUCGGACCAGGAUGGCCACGGUAGAGGCACCACCUUACACUUCGAGCUCCCCGUAGAUCUCGCCCGAUUUCGCCAUGGCACUUCGCCACGUUCGUUCUCCACGCGCGUUACUCCCGUACACUCUCCUCCUCGUACUCUUCUCGUCGUCGCUCCCUCCCUUUACUGGGCCGAGCUCAUGGGUACCAUUAGGAGGAGGAGUUGGAAUAAGGGCCAGCGUUGCAACGCGUCUAGGCCUAGCAGAAGCAGCAGCAGCGCCAAAGGCGGCGUCAGCAGCAAAAUCAGCAGCAGCAAAAUCAGCAGCAGCAAAAACAGCAGCAGCAUCAGAAUCAGCAGCAGCAGCAGCUGCAGCGGCGCAAGGGAUACUAGCAUCGGACGCGCUAGAGCUACUGGGUUUGCGAUUGGUGGAGGCCCUCGCUGACGGCCACCCAGGAUGCAUCGCCGACCCGGCGGCGGAGGCGCAGCGCACCUUCCCCGUGCGCUCCCCAAAUUCCUUCGCGAGGGUGGCGGCGUGCGAGAAGAAAGGCGACUUGCCUCGCCGAGUGUGCUCGUCUGGGGAGCUCGCGGCGUUCGUGCGAUCGCUCAACGCACAGACAGGCGGGACCGAUCCGUCGCAGGAAAGUACCAGCACCAGCAGCGGCAGCAGCGGCGGCAGCGGCAGCGGCAAGGGUGGGACGAGGGAGGAGAGCAGCACGUGGGACGGUAGUAUCGACGGUAGUCUUCUGGAUCCGAUCAAUUGCAAUGGCUCCUCACCGCUGCUGGGUUGCCUCCCAGGCUUUGCUAGUCCCGUCGCUACCCCUCCCCUAAAUACCACCUCUCGUGUCGCAUCCGCUGCAUCUGCGCCUUCCGCUUUCCCCGCGGUCUCCGCUUCCGCCUCCGCGGAGUCGUUCUCUUCCCCCUUUGCGUGGAUUUUCGUGCCCGGGUCCUCCGCGCUCGCCCGCCACCAGCUUCCGCCGGCACCCCUGCGCGAGGACCCGCCCUCCGCCUGCUGCGCGGGGUUCUUCUGCCCCGCGGGGCUUGCGUGCAUGAUACCAUGUCCCGCGGGGUCCUUUUGCCCGUCGCCCGUGACACCUCGAGGCUUCUCCUGCUCACCCUACGCCUACCCGCCCGUGCUGCACUCCACCACCAACAUGAGCCGCCCGCAGUGCGGGGGAGCGGACCAGUGGGGCGCCCCAGCGCAGGCCACGGGCAGCAGCACCACCUAUGGCUCGUUCAACGGCUCCUUCCUCCCGCUCUCGCCCUCCUCUGCCCCCUCCCUCUCCUCCUCAUCUGCUCUCACCUUCUCGCCUGCUUCUUCUUCCUCUGCCGCUGCUGCUGCCGCCUCCUAUUCGUCCUGGCUGCCUGUGCUCGCGUGUCCCGAGGGGUUCUUCUGCCCUGAUGCUGGCACUAUCAAGCCGUGCCCGCCCAGCCACAUCUGUCCAGCUGGCUCCACUGCUCCAAGCCGCGUCACUAAUGGCAGUCAGAUGCAGUCAUCCGAUCAGUUCUUUCUCGCCCUCUGUCUCACGCUCUUGACGUUGGCCGUGGCGCUGCUCCUCCCCCCGUGCUUCCUCCUCUCAGUGCGCCCCCUUGAGCGGGCGCGCAGGGCAACGGCGGAGGCGCGUUCCCCCCACCGCCUGCUGCCCUCCCCCCGCUUCCAUGGCAGGGGCAUGGGGGGCAGGGGGGGCAGCCGUUGGUGGAGAUGGUGGGGGGACUGGAGGGGGGGAAAAGGUGGAGGGAGACUGGGGGCAGUCGGAGGAGGAGGAGCGGUGGAAGGGAGGCGGUGUUGUGGUUCUAGUGGUGGUGGUGCGGGGGGAGUUGGCUCUGGUGGUGGGGCUGCGGUGGGUGCAGUGUGGUGGAGGCGGGUGGUGGCGCUGGUUGGUGCGCCUGUGAGGAGGGUGUGCGGGGCGAAGCUGGCGUUCCUGGGGUGCAGAGUUCAUCAUGCGUUCGUGCCGCUGUCUCACCCCGACCUGUCGGAGUCCCGCGCGUCCUCCCGCACCUCCUCCUUCUCCUUCGCGCGCUGCCACCCCUCCUGCACCUCCCUCCACUCCACCCCCCCAGUCCACCGCACGCCCCCGCACUCCACCCUCCCCCCGCUCGCCAGCCAAGAGGGCGCGGGGAAGGGGGACGAGGGGGGAAGAACGGGGUCGGCGGAAGGGGAACGGCCGUUGGAGAGUGGCAGGGAGGUGCUGGUGGCGGGAUUGGAGCAGCUGACAAGUCCCAACCCUGUCAUUAUGGGCGGCAUGCCCACAAGUCUUAAUCCCAACCCGGAUGGGCAUGGUGGCAUGGAUGUGGGCAUGGAUGUGGGCGUGGGCGUGGGCGUGGGCAUGGGCAUGGGUGCAGGUGUGCCGUAUGGGUAUGAUCAAGGGCUGCUGGAAAGCGGAGGGGGAGGAGGUAUAGCUGGGCAGCUGCAGCAUCCACUGCAGCAACAGCAGCAGCAGCUGGGUCCAGGCAUGGGCUUGGUAGCAUCAUCACCAGCGGCAACUUCUGUGGCUGCGGGUGGUACAGACUCGUUAUUAUUGGACUCGUUUGCAUGUGCAGCGACACCUGCAGCAGCAGCAGCAGCAGCAGCAGCAGUAGCCAAUCUGCCUGUCAUAGGAGCAGUGUCCCCUUUCGCCCUCCCCACCACAACCCCAUACCCUCACACCACCCCCCAGACCAUCCCCAGUCAACCCAGCACCUUCCCCCUCCACACACCCGCCUCCGCCCCUCCCGCGCUUUCGUUUCCCUCCCCUGGGGGAAACAUCCAGCCGCGCGGGGCGGAAGGCGGGCGAUUGUUUGGGGAGCUCGGGGAAGGUCUGGGGCCGGAUGGAUCAGCAGCAGCAGCAGCAGCAGGAGCAGGCGCUGGUGCUGAGGCAAGUGAAGCAGCUGGCGCAGCGGGGGCAGAAGCGGGGGAAGGGGCAGGUACGUGGGCGCGCGGGGGAGGGUUAGGCGCGCACAGCCUCCCCCUCCGCUUCCCCGGAUUAGAGGCCGCGUUCGCGUCCGCGUCCUCUGCGCCCAGCCCAGACGAGUUUCUCCGCCUGGUCGAGUUCCAGAACAACAUGAUGGGGACUUCCGCGCUGGACCUGCGCGCAGGCGCGGGCGGAAGCGGAUGGGGGGGCGCCGGGGGCGGAGUAGCGGGUGACGGCGCUGGUGGACGCUACGCUGGAGGCGGAGAAGAGGCGGGGCGCGGGGGAGGAGCGGAGCCGGGGUCCCUGGAGGAGCUCUUCAAUGAGGCGGUCAGCUGUGGGGCCAGUGGACUGCUGCAGGGCCAAAUGCGGCGCAUGCUGCGCGUUGACCUGGUCAACGUCUCCAUCGCCAUGCCCGCCUCCCUGCCCUCCUCCCACUCCCCUCCUUCCCCCUCCUCCGCUUCCUCCUCCGACUCUACCCGCUCUGCGCCCCACCGCGCCACCCCUCUGGCCGUGACCUGUCUGCAUGCGAAGCUGCACCCGGGGCGGAUCACGUCCGUGCUGGGACCCACGGCAGGGAGGAGUGCGCUGCUUGAGGUGCUCUCAGGCCAACCCAGCAGCAGUGUGGUGGUGGGGGGCCACAUAGCAGUGGAGGGGGCGCCAGCAGCCAUGGCGUCGUACCGCCCACUCAUAGGCUAUAUGGCUGCGGGCUCGGCCCUGCCGUGCCCCUUCCUCACUGUCGACGAGUACCUCACCCUGCACGCCCACAUGCG